AUGAGCCUCUCUCCCCCACCACACCCAACCGCCGCAGCGAGCGCCGCCACCAAUGCCGAGCCCGCUCCCGACCUGGAAACAAGUCCUUACCGAGACACGUCUCGGUCAGAGUCUCACCUUGAAGGCAGCCUUCACAAAUCCUCGAUCCGUUCUGGGCUGCAACACGCCGGCGGCCAUCCGGCACCGUUCGAGCACGACGAUGAUCAUGACACGGUCCGUCCGCUUCCGCAUAGUGAUAGCACUACGCGUCAACGAGACUUAUAUGUAGACUAGCCAACUGAGCUCACGCGAACUUUCACUCCAACUCAACAGUUUCAUCAGAUGCUCAGCAUACAUCUCGAUCAGCCAGUCGGGUCCAUGUCAAUCUCCCCGUCGAAUCGAGAUGUCGCUCUCGGCGCUCGGAAAGGUCUCUUCAUCGUCGACCUUCAGAACCCGUGGGAUCCACCCCGGUUCCUACCCCAUCAUUCUCCUUGGGAAGUCGCGGAUGUUCAGGUCAGUCCUCUAUUCCCUCUCCUUCGCAUGCUUGGUUCAGAUCACCUUCUGCGCCAAAACUCGUUGAAACUGGCCACUGAAACUCUAGGUAAUCGGUGCAGUGGAAUCCGUUUCCAGCCCGCAGUGAAUGGGUCGUCUCAACAUCUUGCCAACAAGUCAUCGUCUACAAUCUCAACUUCUCGCCGUCGUUGGCUAGUUCACAUAUCGAGCACACCCUUCAUGCUCACACGCGAGCGUGUACGGACAUCAACUGGUCGCCUGGGUGUGCAGAAAUAUUGGCCACCUGUGGUCUCGAUGGCUGGGUGUUCAGUUGGGACCUACGUACCGGUUAUGGCGGAGCUCGAAAACCGGUCUGGGGCGUCUGUAGCUGGGGAUCAGGCGCCACGCAGGUCAAGUGGAAUCGUCGAGAGCCGCAUAUCAUCGCGUCGGCGCACGACAACAAAGUCCUCGUAUGGGAUGAUCGUUUUGGGGCUGCACCCGUCACGGAGAUUAGAGGCCAUGACGCCAAGAUCUACGGCAUCGACUGGUCGCGAAAGGAUCCGAAGAACCUCAUCACUUGUAGUUUGGACAAGUCGUUCAAAUCGUGGAACUUGGAUAGCCCGUCGCAGUCGCUGCUAGCGGUCCAGACAUCAUCGCCUGUGUGGAGAGCCAGGUUCUUGCCCUUCGGCGAUGGCGUGCUCACCCUUCCUCAAAGGACUGAUCACGGAUUGAGUAUCUGGGGAUUGGACAGGGUAGUGCAAGGACGCACGGCCGAACCAGUCGCUCGGUUCGAAGGUGCGCGGGAGGGAGUCAAGGAGUUCGUCUGGAGGACGCGCGGCGGGGCCGAUCUCAACAUUGAUGAUCGCCAAUUCCAGCUCGUCACCUGGGCGAAAGAUCGGCAGCUGAGGCUUUGGCCGAUUUCUGACGAGAUCAUGCGAGACGUUGGCCACGAGAAGGGUUCGCCGAUCACAAUUCCGAUGACUCGACGAGGCGGUGCAAAUAUUUCCUAUCGCACGUACACGGACACGAUCACGGCUCCUCCGCCACCUUUCUCGAUUGUGCCUUCUCCAGCGCCCGCGGUUCCGCGCCACCUGAUGACCGGGCCGUCACUGCUUUCGGCAACUUUACCGAAUGCCACAUCUCCUAGUUCCUCGCUUCUUGCAUCCUCGUUGCUGGCCGCGAAGCAGCACCCCAUCGCACCGCCGCUCAUUCAUUCGGCACCUCCUCUUUCCGCCGAACUGCGGUCCGGGGCAGCAACCAUGACAACAUCGAGUGUGCGCAGCCGCAAACAGAAAGCACAUGCCCGACUGGCAUGGAUGGAAGGCGUCAGAAUCAUCAAGGCACCAACCGCAGCUCCGCAGUCAGACCUCGAUGCCAUCAACGCUGCCUCGUGCGAACGCACCAGCGAGAAUGGAGAUUCAAGAACGCAGACUCGGUCGAGCUCGUUGCAACGCGGGACCGACGGUGGCACGGCUCGCGAAGGCGGCGAGACGGAACGCGCGGAUAGCGUUCUGUCUCCCGGUUCGACGAAAACAGGAACCGCGCAUGCGAAGGACUCUCAGUUCUCGAAUCUGGGAGAGGAAUUUACAACGCUUACGCGGAAAUUUCCCCGCGUGCGCUUCGAGAAGUGCAGUGUUGCAAGUCGAUCCUGCACCGUGUCCCUCUACAGUCCAUUGUUCUUGCGGGCAACCUUCACUUUUCCGCGGCAGUACCCACACUCGGCGCCUCCCUCUAUCGAACUUGAACGCAACGCUGACGUAACGCUCAAAUCUAGAGCGGCACUGCUUCAAGGCGUGCGGAAAUUGAUGGCGGGACGCGCUCAGCGAGGCGCUCACUCGCUCGAACCGGCGCUUCGUUUCUUGCUCGGCGAUCGGUCGGUUCUUGACGAGACGCGCGAGUUGGUUGGAGAGGACGAUGAUGAUGACGAAGUCGACGAUGCGCUUGAAGAUGGCGUCACCGGCAACGUGCCGGCCGGAGUGGUCCGUCUCAACCUACGCGUCAAUGUUCCCCCUCCUAGGCGAUGCGGUGCAAGCUUUGGGGCGCGCGGUCAGCUUGUCGUCUUCUUCCCACUCGACAUAUUGGACGGCCCAGUCGGCAUCGAACAUGGUCCAGCGCCCUCUGAGAAUGUGGACCGAUCAGAUACCCACCCGCAUGCGGUAACAAGGCUCUCCGAAGCGUUCGGAGCAGUAGCAACCGAGCCUCGCCAAGCGUCCUAUCAGGAGACCGACGAGGCGCUACAACUCGUCACUGAACACACUAUGCGCGCAUCUGCAACGCUCGACGCGCUACCUUUCCCGUCGGGAGAUCAGCAGAGUACCCCAGCCUUCAGCACGCUCGUCAAGAUCAAGAAUGUGGCACAUCUCGAUCUAUCUCGUGGCGGGCGUGCCGUGUGCCCACUCCAGGACGAUCUGGUCGCGGUGACUCGCGCGGCUGCACUCAGCUCUGCCGAGGACAACGACUUGCUCUUGGUCAAAGUGUGGAGCUCGCUCGAGUGCCUCCUGCAGGCAGGCAGCGAAUCUUCCGAGGUCGGGAUGGGCGAAAUCAGUUCGCUACUUGCAGAAAUGCUGCCCAAUGUGAUGGCUUUUCUGGUCCAUCUCCGAGACCUCGCGACUCUUGGGGUUAUCGCUUGUCUACUCGAGGCGCUCACUCGGUAUGAUAUGGCCACCUCCGAGAACUCUAUCGUAGACGCCGAACCCCCAACUGUCGACUACUUCAGUCAUAGGAACGUUUCAACGUCGGGUUCGGGAGAUGGGACCCCGUUCGACUCUCGCCAGACUCCGCUAGCGAGUAGGGGAGCCUUUGGUACCGCGCGACCGAGUAGCUCUUCUCCCAAGCCAUCAUGGGCUAACCUCUCGGGAUUCUUCAACAACACGGUGCUGUCACUUCGCAGCGGUGUGUCCAAUGCCUCACCAGGAUCGCUAGAUCGGCCCGUCCACCUCGCACGACCAGCCUCAAUGUCUUCCCUCAAUCUGCUAGCAACGGCCAACACACCUCGAUUCUCACCAUCGACCAAGGCAUCAAAGCGGAUGAUGCCAGAGGACGCGGAGCCGAUGGAGGCUUUCCCCUUGAACAGCGGCGAGACGAGGCCCUUGUUCUCAAAGCAGCCUAUUCUCAGAACGAGUCGAACAGGCAAGGCGUCCCCGAGCGUGGUGACUUUUGGGGAAACAAGUGUCGCCCUCAUCAGCGGCAAUGGCCCUAAUCCAGCUCCAAAUCAAGCCGGUGUAAGACGUGCUAGGCCAUGCGGUCGUGGCGAAGGGGGUGGGCGAAUCAUUGCCGUUGCGUACUCAACUUCGUCUCGCAUCUUGUAAGCGUGUCGCCUUCCACAAAUGACUUUCUCGUCCUGAUCUAAUUGUACACGAACCAUGGCUCCCACAGACGAAAGCCUGCCUGGUGGCUUAGCGACCGCGCACGCCUUGAGCUGGAGCUCCUUCGGCUUGCCUACGCCGACCUACUACAUCGCUGGGGCUUUCACAACGAGCGACUACGCGUCCUGAAGUAUUGUUCUUCUGUCACCAAGCCCAUCUCUUCGCGCCGGGGGUUCGCUACAGAAAUCAUAGCCAAGGGAAGUGGACUCGGGCCCAACUCUUCCAUUUGUGAGCCUCAAUUCUUGACAAUCGUUUUGCGCAGCACAAAUCGGAGGUUCACGUCUCGACGCCCUAUUUACCUGUUCCCACAGCGAUUCACCGCGCAUGCUCAAGUUGUCGCUCCAUUGCCAAGGCGACGAGCAAGGCAUCUCGUCCUUGCAACCAUCGACCCGAAACGAGGCCACCCUCGUGUUCGCUAUGUCACCUCCCAGUAACUUGUCAGUCUCCGCUUUUUUCACCCCCGUACGGAAUCAUACGAGCGCUUUUCACUGAAUUACGCAUUGCGUGCAUUUGACGAGGGCACAAAAAGCACUUUCGUCCACUUGCCUUCUUUGCGCGCACGUCGCCCACACGUCAUGCUCUCGCGCGUGGUUCGCAUCGGAGUCGGUGUGCGCCACGGGGUGUGGAUGCGAUUGCUUGAACUCGGGUGGAAUCGCCGGUAUUUUUGUGGUGAGAGACUCCCACUCGGAGAACGUGUCUCAACAAUUGAUUAUGCGUUGCCAGUCGUAG